AAACAGAAAAAGUGCCUAAAUGAAUAAAUAUUCAACAUACACAAACAAAUAAUCUCCCCCUAAACACACACAAAUUCUGCAAAGUCAUUAUUCAGAUGGUCUUUAGUCUUUACACAAUUCCACUAUUUCUUCCUCUUCAUCUUUCUUUUAAUCUCUCCGCACAAUCCUUGUAACUGUUUCUACUCUCUUGUCAAGCUCAGCUGACAUGAGUUGUAGCUGCUUCGGUGCCUCGUUGAAAAGGAAAAAUGAUGAUGAUACUCAUGUUCCAGGAGAAUUUGAGGGGCAUAUAUUCGGAAAUAUAAAAACUUUCUCAUACAAUGAAAUUAGAACAGCAACGGAUAAUUUUCACCCAAGAAACAAGAUAGGGCGGGGAGGCUUUGGAACUGUAUACAAGGGUAUUCUUAUUAAUGGAAUAGAAGUAGCGGUGAAGACACUUUCUGCUGAAUCAAAGCAGGGAGUGCGUGAAUUUUUAACUGAAAUUGACAUCAUAUCAAAUGUCAGGCACCCAAACCUUGUUCAGUUAAUUGGAUGCUGUGUUGAGGGAGCUAACCGAAUUUUGGUGUAUGAGUUUUUAGUAAAUAAUAGUCUUGAUACUGUUCUAUUAGGUUCAAGGAGUAAAAGCACCACAUUAGACUGGGAUAGAAGAUCUGCUAUCUGUAAGGACAUUGCCAGGGCUAUUGCUUAUCUUCAUGAAGAAGUUGUGCCACCUAUUGUGCAUAGGGACAUCAAAGCCAGUAAUAUACUGCUUGAUAAAAACUUUAAACCAAAAAUUGGAGACUUUGGGUUGGCUAAACUUUUUCCAGACAACAUUACUCAUAUCAGUACAAGAAUAGUUGGAACCACUGGUUACUUGGCGCCCGAGUAUGUCUUGGGUGGGCAGCUAACAAAGAAGGCAGAUGUGUACAGCUUUGGGGUACUCAUGCUCGAAAUAGUAAGUGCAAAACAUAGCGGAAAACCAACUCUGGGUACUGGAAUGCAGAAACUUUUAUUAGAAUGGGCUUGGCAGCUCUACGAAGAGGGUCACCUAUUAGAUAUGGUGGAUCCAGAACUGAAAGGAUUUCCUGAGGAUGAAGUCAUUAGAUAUAUCAAAAUUGCAUUUUUCUGCACGCAGGGAUCAGCAAGUAGGAGGCCAACAAUGGGCCAAGUUGUUGACAUGCUCUCAAGAAACACCAGGUUGAAUGAGAAGGAACUGUUGGCCCCAGGUUUUUCCCAAGAUAUGGGUGCACGUUCAUCUUCGAGGAACAAGUCAUCUGAUACCCCAACAAGCACUCAGAUGAGCUCUGUCCCCAUCUCUGUCACUCAAAUCACCCCUAGAUAAAACUCGAGUUUCCUUAUUUUGUAGACAAGAUUUAAAAAGGAAUUCGAAGGCAAAAAUGUGCUACAUAUGCCUACAUAUAUUCUAUUAGCUUGUGACCAACCUUUUGCCGCAGUUGAGAAGAGAGGAGUGGGGCAUACAAGUACAAGCCCCAUAAAGAUAUAGUUGAGGAUUGUCCACUGUAAUUAGGUUUAUAGGAUGCUUUGUUACUAGAUUAUAAUUUAUUGGUGAAAUUUGAAGGUUAAGUAAAUGAAAUUUGGAUUAUCUCCUUGGAACUGUAAAAUAUUGUUGUCAAUAGGAACUUUUUAUGAUGGCAUUGUAUUCA